AUGGCGGGAAUUUUGACCCUAGUCGAAUACCUCGCCAUCAUACUGGUCCUGCCAGCUUUGCUACAUUUGGACGCUAAACGUAGGCACUAUCGACGCCUGGAUGUAUUUUGCUGUCUACGCCAGACUGGCGUCGUUGAGGCGCAGGCUUUAGACACCAAGCCAUAUAGCCCUGAAGUCUCACGUUUGCGGAUUGGCCAAAACGACAAUCGUAUGGGCGCAGAAGUGGGUUCAAAAGAUGAGAAGGAAGAGGAGGAGAGACUGGAGGAGCUCGGUGUCAGUCGGACUCCUUAUUAUCCUGGCUGCGCAAUUUCACCGCCUCUUGGCUCUCCAGGGAAGCUAAAACCCGUUACUGAAGCGCACAACGAGCACGUCCAGCUUUCACACCAGAAGCGUCGUGAACGACAUGAACACCAUCAUCAUCACCACCACCAUCAUCACUACUUCGUAGAGGGAACUGAACUAGUAGCAGCGGCUGCUGCGGCUGCUGCUGUUGCUGUGGCGACUGCUUCAACUGGAGAAUUGGCCACCUCGGCAAAGGAAACUUCAUUGUCUGGGCAUGAAGAUCAGCAAUCGCCUCCUCGGUUGCCAUCAUUUCAUUCUCCUUCAACUUCAUCUAAACCUAGCCAGAUGAUUGAAAUUCAAUAUGGAGUAGAUUCGACUGCUGGGGGUUCUUCAUCACAAUCUUGGAGUAAAUCUGAGCCGCGGAAGAGCUGCUGUAGUCUAGCCGAGGAAAGACGGACCCAAAAAGUAACUUCUUUUGUACCCCCCGUCGCCAGUCUCUCCUCUCCUCUACACGUCUUGCCUACCUCCUGGCCAGAGCACGUGGCAGGUAUUCCGGUAGAGCCAUCACUGUCCAUUCCGGAUUCACAUUAUCCUCUGGCUGUCAAUUUACAACCUCCAGUAGAUGAUAUCUGUUCCCACCAAAAGGUUUGUGAUCUUGCACAUAAAUACCUCCCAUUACCAUAUCUUUUGUCAUUUACUCUUAUUGUUUAG